AAACAAAUUCAAUGCAAACUAAUGAGAAUGUCUGUGAUAAUUUUCUGGAAGAUAAAAAUGAUGAAGAAGAGGAUAGUGGAGCAAGUAAAAAGCUGAAAGUUAGCAAUGAUGCUACACUAACAACUGGUGGAAACAAAUUCAUUCAAGACACCAAGCUUCAUCAAGAUGUUCUUGAGCUGCAGAGUAACCAAAUCUUCAAAAUAAUAGAGGUUGAAAAAAUGAAUAAUACGGAAUUUGUAAAGUCUGCAGAACAGAUUCAAAAUAAUUCAGCAACAGAGAAGAGACAUCAAGGUUGUCCAUUAAAAAAUGAAGAAAAAGAAGUGUCAUGCUUGAAUACCAUUGUCAAAACUUUUCUGGUUGGAAAGGAAGAAAUAGAAGAAAAUGGCUUAUUAUCAGCCAGUUCUCCUACAACUGAAAUGAGUGCUGAAAAUGGCCAAGCAUCAGGAUCUGCUGGAACUAGUUUAAGCAGUGAUCCCAGUUCACCACUGCUAUCAACUACAUUUUGCAAGAAGGAUAGAAAUGGACAAGGACCAACAAUGUCCGAAUCACUAAACAAAGGAAGCUCAGAAACCAAACCAAAAGAUGAUAAAAAUAAGUCUCUUUGCUUAGAUUCCAAGCCAGAUUUCAGUAUUCAUCAAGAUAUCGCAGAUUUCUUUUUCAUAAAUCCAUCAUCUAAAAAUAAUACUUCUUUGACCACAGAGUCACCACUAAACACUGGACACAAAAGGCUAGCUUGUGUAACUAAGAAGGUAACAAACUGUAUUCCAGUGUUUGAAAAUUCAGGUGGAGAGCAAGGUUUUUGUGUAUUGCAUAUCAAAAGUACAACCUCAACUCCAUUGGUUGGAAUUAUUUCACUGGAUAGGUCUAGGUAUGGAGAGGAUGAUACUGAAGUGCCAAAUACUUUUCCUGUAGGAAACACUGUUGAUUUUUUCCCAAGUAAAGAACAGCAAUUUGUUGAAGAUCCAAUCAUGCCAUGUCUGAUACCAUCAAAUGGUGAUAUACCUGCUUUAAUAAAAAAAUCUGCUCCAUUGUUCAAUACAGAGUUUGAUGUUGGUAAACCAGCAAAUUCUCAAAAGGAGGCACUUAAAGGGAUAUUUGAAGCAUAUUCUGGAAUAGGAAAGGCUUUUGAUUCUAAACCAUCAUUAGAAAAUAAUAUAAAUAAAAAAUGUCAGUUGCAUAAUGAAGAUGUAAGUAAAUUACCUGUAAUUGACUUGAGAAUGAGCAACAGUCAGGAUAAGAAGAAAGGCACUAUUUAUGACUGUCAUACAGAGAUGUUUUCAAAUAUUCAAGAUGGCCAGGAGAAUGUACAUAUAUACUCAACUCAGAACAACAUGAUAUCUACAGAACACCUUUCAUUUCAGUGUGUUAAUAAUGGAAAAAUGGAGAACUCGGAUCAUUCGGUUGUAAGCAGUGUGUCUAGUAGUGAUUGUUGUAGCCCCAAUAUACAUCAUAAAGAAUUUGAAAAGGACAUGUACAGGGGCAGUGAUAUAAAACAAAAAGCUGUUCAUGCUGCUGUGUUUCAUUCAGGUGUUAAUCGUGGCGCUGAAUGCUGUGAUACAAAAUCAUCAAUAGCUUGCAAUGGUAACAAAUCACUAAUUGAUAAAUUGCCCAAUCAGUCUACACCAGCUGACCAAGGUAAAUCAGUCAAGGUACACAAAGAAAUAAGCAGCUGUACUAGUGAGGAAAUGUGUACAGAACAAGAAGAUGCAUUGUCAAAAGUACAAGAAAAUGUGAUCAGUUCUGGCCAUAAGACACAACUGGCUAUUUCAGACAAAUCAUUAUAUACUGCAGUGAAUAAGUUUAUUAAUAAAGAAGCACGAAUUCACAAAUACGAUUUAUUACAUGUUUGGAAAAAUGAGUUUAUUUGUAAUAAAACUGCUUCUGUUGAUUUAUCAGGCCUCCACAACACAGUGACUGCAUGCAGUACUAAUGCAUUAGUUAAAGACUACAGUAAUAUAUUAAGCUUUCAAGACAAAGUAACUGUAUGUGAUAAUAAUGUACCAGCGAUUGACCAAAGUUCAUCUAGUUUACAGGACAGUAAGAACUCAUGUGAAAUUAACACAUCACGGUCCAAAGAAAGUUGUGUGUUAAACAUACAAGACAAGAUUACUAGAUGUGAUACAUCUCAUAACACAUCAUUGACUACCCGGGAUGGUUUACUAAGCUCCUAUGACAAUGUUACUACAUGUGGUGUUUCUCUACCAGUUAUUGACAAAGACAACUUUUCCAUUAUGCAUGACAAGGUGUCUGAUUUUAAUGAUGCUUCACAUAACAAAGGAAGCAAAUUUUCUGGCAGUCAGUUUGCAGAUGACUGCCAGUAUCAAACAAAGAUUGUGAAACAUUUAGUUAAUAAACAUUUCAUCAGAAAGAUUAAUAAUUCACAAGACACUUCCAUUAUGAAAGAAUCCAAAGAAGCAACACUCCUUCCAAUAUUGACCACUACCACAGAUGAGCAACACAUCAGAAAUAACCAAAGUUUAAGCUUCCAGCAAAUGUUCAAAGAAAGUGACAUUGGGGUUAUACAACAAAAAUUAGGUAUUAAUAAAUAUUCUCAUAUAGCCGUUAUAGAAAAAGGGUCUAAAACAGACUAUGUGCAGAAAAACUAUGCUCAAAGCAAACAGUGUAAUAACUUAAAGGGGUCUCUUACAAAUUGUGAUUAUGAAGCUCUUGAUGAUGUAGCAUCUAGCAAACUUGGUGCUACUAAAGAAACAAACAAAAAAAGUAAAGUGAAUCAUGUUGAUAUGGAGGAAAGAUUCAACCCUGUGUGGGACAUUGAUAUUGAUUAUAGCCAAACCAGAAACACUAAAAGGCAGAUAAGGGUUCCUAAUAUGGAGCAAGAUAAAACUUGGGUCAGUGGUUUAAGGUCAGAUUAUCAUCAAGAUAGCUUACAAAAAAAGAGUGGACGAGAAACACAAAUAUUCUUUACUGAAGAGCAUUAUUUAAAGGACAAGAAAGAUGCUUUGAUUUUUGGUUAUAAAUCUAAAAAGAAAGACAAUUUUGGGAAUUAUACUUUCAAUAAAAAUAUUCCACAUGUAAAGCAAAGAACUGCCAAAUUCCAACUGCCAGUUGCUGGUCCUCAGAAGUACAUACAAUAUAAUAGAAAGUCAGCUAAUAGACCAGCCAGCUAUAAACAGUUUCUACAUUGUGGAAUGAAAAAAAGGAAAUUUUUCAGUGUUAAGAGAAAGGCAUAUCUUAGUAACCCACAGGGUAGAAAGAAAUGCACAGAGAAAAAACAAAAUGAAAUGUUCUGUGCUAAAGAAGAUAAAGAGAGGAAAAGUCAAGGACAUAGUACUUCAUCAGCAGUUUGGAAAACUACUGACUCGUCAAAAAUAUGAAAACAGCUGUGAUUCAAGCCAAGGCUUUCUCCAGCUAGCCAAGAAGAAGCCAUCAUCUAUGCACAUGAGUCCACCGUUAAAAUAUUGAAGUACUUGUGAAAACUAUUAAGUUUUCUUCUACUUUAGCAUUAUGCAUACAAUACGUCCAGGAUUCAUCCAUUGAUUUGGAAAGAACUUUUUAAUGACCAAACAGUUGGUGCUCUUUUAAGGAAAGUAAGUAUUAUUGUUAACCUCCUGCAUGAUUUCAUAUCUUAGAUAUGAAAUAACAGCAAAAUAAAUUUUUCAUUUUACAUUGCAAAAUAUUUCAAUACAUUUUGGGGGAUGAUAUUUAGAAGAAAAAAAAAAUAUUCUCCAACUUGUUGCAUAUCUGUGUAAGAGCUUUAAGUAUUCAGUUAGUUAUUAAUAUACUGUGUAGAGAGUAUCUUAUUAUAAUGGUUGUCUCUAAGAAUAAUACUUAAAUAGGCACAAAUUUUACAAAGACUGGUGAUGUGGAUUGAAGUGCAUUACUUUUAGUGCCUAAUCCGUAAGAGUACCUGAAGUCACUUUUAUUUCAGGUGCUUUAUUUUAAUAAGAUUUCCUUCAGUGUUUUAGAUUAUGCUAUACUUAGUAAAGCCCAAAUGGAAGACUAUUUAAAAUGUAUAUAAACAAUACCAUUAAUUUACAACUUAUUUUAUAUAAAGUUAGACACAUAUUGUAUUUGGGUUUUAAGAUUGUACUGAAGGUUCAUAUAACAUCCCAAAUUUACAGUAACUCAAGUUCUGCAUAUUGAGAGUAAAAAACAAAGUUUUUUGGCACAGUGAAAGAUAAAUUCUAUUAGUUGUUUCAACUAGUUUGGUGACACAAUUACCAUCUUCAGAGCUUGUGACAAUGGUAACUGUAUUACCAAAACAACUAAUAAACAGUUUCUCUUUCACUCUCAAUUUAAAAUAGCAAAAUGUGCCUGAAGAGAAAUUAUAAUAUUGUGUAUAUUGAAUUUGUUCUCUGUCAAGUAAAAAUUUAGAUAAAGGAUUAUAAUAACAUUUGGAGAAGUUCAGUAAUAGUAUAACUUUAUGGUUUGGUUAUCUUAUUAAAUAAAAUAAUUUUAAUACUUCUCACAGUUUAAAUUAACUUGAACCACUAAUGAAUCUUUUGAAAAAAAAUAUAUAUAACUUACUGGCUGCUAGCACCUUAUUUAAAUUAAGAGAAAGAAUUACCCAAGAUUGGUUGCCACUUGUAAGUGUUCUCUUUUAGUUUUUAUGUGGUUAGAUGUGAUAAAUUUAAUGUUAUUAUUGUUACUGACACUUUGAACAGUCUUAAUUAUUUAAUUUAUCGAUGGUUUAAAACAAAUUAAAGUGUACGUCAAAUUUAGUUAGUAGCCUAAUUUUUGUUAAUGUUUUUAUAUUUUAAUAUAACAAGUCAUGUAUUAUUUGUACAUACAUUUAUUCACAGCUUUGGUCUUGAUUUUUUUACAAACAAUUUGAAGUCAGGGUAAUAUGUAUGAACAAGUAGUGAUUUCUACCUAUUAUUAUCUACCUUAGCUGUUAAACAUCUUGUUAGUUUUUUUCUGAAUACAUCACAUUGAAGUCAGUGGACCAAAACAGUGAGGAUAUAUAAUUUGUUAUACCUCAUAAGAGAUUUUUAAUUACUUGAUUUAAUGAAUGUGUUUUCAAACAAAUAUUUGUAUGUGCAAGUGAUUAUUUGUUUCAAAGGUUUUUAUAUGUGUAGUGAAGGGUAAUAAAGUUUUGUUCCACAUCUAAUAUUCAUAUUAUAUAUAUAUAUAUAUAUAUAUAGUGUCAAAUGAUAAAUUAAGUUUUCAUUUAUUUACAAGAUCCUUACUAUGUCCUGUAUUGUUGUUUUUUUUAAAGAUACAAAUUGAGAAUACCGGAGGUACUUUUUUCUUCUAUGUUUGAGAAAUACAAAAUUUCAUUUUGUUUUUAUCUUGUGUGAUUUAAAAAACAGAUACCUACAUCAGUAUUGGCCACUAAAUUAAAAAUGUCAAAUAGUUCCAGUCUUAUUGUGAUAGCUUUUAUUUAUUUAUUUUUAGCCCUUUUUGAAUAUAGUUGUAUGAUUUCAAAAUGUCAGUAUGACAAGCAAAUAGUAUUUUUAUUAGAAACUGGGCAUUUGAAUUCUAGCCCUAAACUUUGGCACAUUGAUCUACUUAUCUGUUCUGUAGUCUAUGUAAUAUGUUCAUUAUAGACUGUGUGUGUGAAAUUUUAACUUUUAAGCCUUUUUUUGAAGUUAACUAAGCAUUAAUUACCCCAGACUGCACUAGUGAUGAUAGCCUGAGGCAAAAAUUAAUUGCAAAUGUUUAUAGUAAAACAAAUAUUUUUCUAAAAUUGCACUUUGCUUUACUCAUCAAGGUAUUGCAUAACUUAAAUUUAAAAAAUUCAUACAUUAAGCUCAUUAAUCAAAAUAUCUUUUUUGUCCUACAUUUUUAGUAAUUAUAGAAGAUUGUUAAAAAUUAUUUAACUAGUAAAACAAUGUAAGUUUUUAUUCAAAGUUAAGUACAAAAUGAACUACAUAGAAAGGUUUACAAGUAGUACGUAUCAGUUUAGUUUCACUCUUGUUGCCAACAAUAAAGAUGAUGAAUGAUUUUCCACUAA